AUGGGAGGCGUAUGUUGCUGCGGGCCGCGAGUGAAGGACGAGCCCAGGGAGCCGCUCCUGGGCGCGGACAAGGCGCCCAGCGCGCCCGCGACCGCCCCACCAGCCUCUCAGAAGGCCUACAAGCCGCCGGCGGCGAUCCCCGUUGAUGCCACGCCGCCCGGGGGCGGAUGCGAGGACAAGGCGGGCGGCACUUCAGCCGACUCGCAAGGCAAUGCCUCCGAUCAAGCCGUCGUGCCUGAGGUCAAAGUACAGCCGGAGGUUAAAGUACAGGGCCCGGACUGUUCGGGAUCGAUCGCUGCGCCCGAAGCGAAGGAGCCGGAAGCGAAUAAGGCAGAGGUGAUAGGGCCAAUGAUGACGGCGCAGGAGGCGAAGGACCCUGAGGUCACGGCGAAAGAUGUGACGGCGGCGCUGGUAGCGGCGGCGGAGGUGACGGCGGAGCAAGUGGCGCCGGCUGAGGUAACGGUCCCCGCGCCUGCUGGGCAGGAGCAUCCGCAAGAGGCGGAUCCUGCCUGCGAGAAUGCGGCCAAAGUGGCCGAAGGGAAGCAGAUUGUUGAGCCGACGAUUGAUGAGCCCGCUGGGAGCGACCAGGGGCCCACGUCCCAGGCGCAGAAGGCAGCCGCCGCGGCGGUCCAGGCUGUGGCGAGCGCGAUAAUGGGCGACGUAAAAGAUUCAUCCCAG